AUUUAAGUGUAUUAGACAUGCGCACAAAGAUUUAUUUGAAAACACUUCAAAACAAAAUAAACGCUACAAUCGAACGCACUUAGAUAAGCUUUUUCAUAUAAAAAGUCUGCCUAAAAGUGAAGAAAAGCAUCAGUCUAAAUUUGAUAUUCUACACUGAGCUACACAACAUUUGAAGCUAUUAAAUUAAUUUAUUUUAUUAAAAGAAAGAAACACUAAAAAAAACAAUACUUAUUAACACAUGGAUCUAAAAAACAAAAAUUGUGUCUAUGUUGGAGGUUGUGGUGGAAUUGGUGCAGCUAUUUGUAGGCAUCUUGUUCAAAAGAAAGUUUCAAACCUUGCUGUAGUUGAUGUGGUUGAAAAACCUGAACUUAUCAAAGAAAUGGCUGCCCUUAACCCAUCGACCAAUGUUUUCUUUGUCAAACUUGACAUAAGCAACAAGGAAAAAGUCAUCAAGUGUUUUGAUGAACUAUUCGCCAAAUUGAAACAUAUCGACAUCUUGUUUAAUGGAAGUGGAUUGUGUAAUGAAUUCAAGCCUGAAAUUACUGUUGGUGUUAAUUUGUUGGGAGUAAUGUUCUGUACAAUGGCAUUUAUGGAAAAAUCAAAAGGCAAAAAGGGAGGAAUGGUUGUGAAUAUUGCUUCAACAGGUGGCCUAGAACCAUAUCCACCAACUCCGAUUUAUAGUGCAACCAAAGCUGGUCUUGUUUCCUAUUCAAGAGCAAUGGCUGAUGAAGUUAACUUCUCACGUCAUGGCAUUUCUUUCAUUUGCAUUUGUCCCGGCAUGACACCCACCGGACUUAUCCAGCAAUUCACCUCCGAUGAUUUGACACCAAAUUCUGCAGCUAUUAAGAAGAAUUUUGUUGAAACAACAGCUCAGACUUGUGAUCAAUUAGCAGAAAAUGUUAUCGGAGCAAUUGAGGAGAACAAAAAUGGAGCUGUUUACUUGUGCCGGUAUGGAAAACGUGAUGAGGUUUCAUUCCCUGGUGCAGAACUUUAUUCGGUAUUCCAAAAGCCUGAAAAUUUAGCCGUAUUGGAUGUUGUAGAAAAUGCAGCAUUAAUCAAAGAGCUUACAACACUUAAUCCUUCGACAAAAGUAUUUUUCUUGCGCAUAGAUAUUUGUGAUCGGGACAACAUCAGCAAAUGUCUCACGGAAGUCAUCUCUAAAACUAAAACAAUUGAUGUUCUUAUUAACGGAAGUGGAAUUUGCAAUGAAUUUCGUGCUGAAAUACCUAUCGGGGUUAAUUUGUUAGGAUUGAUUAACAGUUGCCAGAUUGGUCUAGACUUAAUGAAAAGACCACAAGGAGGGGGCUUAGUUGUGAAUAUAGCAUCAACAGCUGGAUUAGAUCCCUUUCCACUAGCUCCUGUUUAUGGUGCAACAAAAGCUGGAGUUGUUUCAUUUACUAGAGCAAUGGCUGACGAAGUGAACUUUUCAAAACACGGUGUUUCAUUUAUCUCUAUUUGUCCUGGAAUUACAAAAACAAGCUUUAUGGAUCAAUUUACUACCGAUAAAAACACUCCAAACUCGAAAGCAACUUUAAAAGAAUUCAAUGAAGCUAAAAAUCAAACACCAGAAGAUUGUGCCUUAAAUAUUGUUAAAGCAAUUGAAUUAUGUAAAAAUGGCGCUGCUUAUUUGUGUGAUCUUGGUAAAAUGACGGAAGUUCAAUUUCCAGUUUUUUGGGAUGUACAAAAAUAGUUAAAAGAAAAAUACUGAAUAAAUAAAACAAGCUAAUGAGAGAUA